GGUGAUUAACAACCAGAGAAAGAGGUUUUAGAAGGGUGUCCGCCUAAAGACUAAACCCUACUGUCGGCGCUACCAGCAUUCCGCCGCCGUCGCCGCCGCUUCCACCAUGGAUGACUACAGCAAUAUGCAGGAGGACUUCGCCUCCUAUCCCGAAGGACAAUCAUCUGAUUUCUGUGAGUUAAUCAUCUCUCGAUUCACCAACUCUACGCACGAGCACCAUCAUCAUCUUUGUUCUCUUGCCGGAACUAUGUCUCAAGAGCUUAAGGACCAAAACAUUCCUCUAUCAAACGUCGCUUAUUUUGGUGCUACAACCUCUUCCCUUGACCGCCUCUCUUCAGAGGCCGAACCCCCUUCUCAUGUCCUUGAAGCCCUUCUGUCCCUUCUUUCCAUGCUCCUUCCUCGUGUAGCUAUUCCAAUUAUCAGGAAUAAAGCCUAUUAUUUGUCUAAUAUAUUGAUUCGUGCCCUUCGCUUGAAAUCAGCAACUCCUGGCGGUGUUGCUGCUGGGUUGAAGUGUGUCUCGCAUUUGUUGAUUGUCUUGAAUAAAUCGUCCUGGACAGAAAUCUCUUCGCUUUAUGGUUCUCUUCUUAGCUACGCUACUGACAGCAACCUCAAGGUAAGGAAGCAGUCACAUGUGUGUCUUCGCGAUAUAUUGCUUGCUUUUCAAAGAAUGACAGUUCUGGCUCCUGCCAGUGAGGGCAUUACAAACGCCUUUGAGAAGUUUCUGCUGCUUGCUGGCGGAUCAAGUAAAGGUGCUUCAGAAGGACCCAAAGGCGCUCAGGAAGUUCUUUAUGUUUUGGAUGCUCUGAAAGAUUGCCUUCCUUUAAUGUCAUUGAACUCCUCCACUAGUGUUCUAAAAUUGUAUGGAACUCUAUUGGGGAUGAAACAGCCUCUUGUCACUAGACGCAUAACAGCUAGUCUGAAUUCUCUCAGUCUCUGCCCAACCACAGACAUUAAUUCAGAAGUGUUUCUUGAUUUGUUAUGCUCAUUAGCCACUUCUGUCUCUUUGAAUGAGAUGACUGCAGAUGACAUGACAUUCACUGCCAGGCUGCUCGAUGUAGGAGUUAGAAAAAUCCAUUUGCUUCACGGGAAGAACUGUGCUAACAAACUAUCACUAAUAUUCAAUGCUCUGAAAGAUAUAUUGGCCUCUGAACAUGAAGAAGCCCUGCAUGCCGCUACAGAAGCCUUUAAGAGUUUGCUGAAUGUCUGUAUUGAUGAAAGUUUGAUCCAACAGGGAAUCAAUCAAAUAAUGGCAAACGAAAUUGCACAAGUUAGAAAGUCUGGACCGACUGUCAUUGAGAAAAUUUGUGCAAUUGUUGAGAGCUUAGUUGAUUACAGAUAUGCUGCAGUCUGGGACUUGUCGUUUCAAGUCAUUUCAACAAUGUUUAAUAAACUUGGAGUACAUUCAUUUUAUUUAUUGAAGGGAACCCUCAUUGGUCUAGCAGACAUGCAAACAUUGCCUGAUGAAGACUUCCCUUUCAGGAAACAGCUGCAUGAAUGUGUUGGAUCAGCUGUUGCCUCUAUGGGUCCUGAAAGAUUCUUGUCUAUCGUUCCCUUGAAGUUUGAAGCUGUAGACUUUUCUGAGUCUAAUAUUUGGCUUUUUCCAAUUUUGAAGCAAUAUAUUAUUGGGGCCAAAUUAGGCUACUUUAAGGAUUCAAUUUUUUCAAUGGUUGAAAUUCUUAAUCAGAGAUACUUAAAGCUUGAGCAAGAAGGGAUGCUUUAUUCUGCGAAUGUGGUAGACGGAAUCAUUUAUGCAUUGUGGUCCUUGUUACCUUCAUUCUGCAACUAUCCAGUGGAUACUGACAAAAACUUUGAGGAAUUAAUGAGAUCAUUAUUCAGUUCUCUUUGUGCUGAAGCAGAAGAACAUGAGGUACAUGGCGCAAAUGCAGAACACAAGAUACUUAGACUAACGAGCAUAAAUAGAGUUAUAUGUGCCAGCUUGCAAAUCCUGAUCCAUCAGAAUAAAGAAAUUGCCGAGGGAGUCAACGGCGCAUCAGAUAUUGAAGCGAGCAUCCCCCAAAAGCAAGCUAUUGCUUAUUAUACCCCACAGAUCGCAAAUAAUAACUUGAAGGUGUUGUGUUCCUCUGCUGGUAAAUUGUUAGAUGUCCUUGGGAAGAUUUAUUUGAAACCAUCCAAGGAUGCAGAUGGAUGCUUUGAGGCUGUGAUCCGCGAUAUUGCUUCAAUAGCAGAUAAAGUCGUUUUGAGGAGUGUAUUUUCAAUAACAAUGGAGAGGAUGCUGCAUGUUAUCAAAAAGGCUAAUGAAGGAAAAGUGUCAAAGGAUUCCCAAAAGAGUAACUUCCAGACUUCACAUGAGGAAAAAUCUGCACUUUUGCUAAAAAGGGCAAAGUUACUAGAUUUAGCAGUUGCACUUUUGCCCGGUUUACAUCAAAAAGAGAUUGAUGUAUUGUUUGUUGUUAUCAAAGCUGCUUUAAAGGAUCCUGAAGUUUUGAUCCAAAAGAAGGGUUAUAAAGCCCUCUCCAUUAUACUCAAGAACUCUGAUGGAUUUCUAUCACAAAAGCUGGAAGAGUUACUAAACUUGAUGAUUGAAGUACUUCCCUCAUGUCAUUGCUCUUCCAAACGAUAUCGAAUUGAUAGCUUGUACUUUCUAGUUGUGUUUGUUUUAAAGGAUCAAUCAGGACAGAGACAACAUAACAUAAUCACCUCUUUCCUUACUGAAAUUGUACUAUCACUGAAAGAGACAAAUAAAAAGACAAGGAACAGAGCUUAUGAUUUGCUUGUACAAAUUGGACACGCGUGUGCAGAUGAAGAACAGGGUGGGACAAGUGAAUCUUUGCUUAAGUUUUUUAACAAGGUUGCUGGAGGUCUGAAAGGUGAUACCCCACAUAUGAUUAGCGCAGCAAUCAAAGGCUUGGCUCGCUUGGCUUAUGAAUUUUCCGAUCUACUUUCGGCUGCUUAUAACGUGCUACCAUCAGCGCUUAUUCUCUUGAAGAGAAAGAACAGAGAACUGAUAAAAGCUAACCUUGGACUGUUGAAGGUACUGGUGGCUAAGUCACAAGCUGAUGGAUUACAAGUGCAUUUGAAGAGCAUUGUUGUAGGACUUUUGGCGUGGCAAGAUGACACCAAAAACCAUUUUAAAGCUAAGAUUAAGUUGCUUAUUGAAAUGUUGAUCAAGAAAUGUGGUAUAGAUGCUGUCAAGGCUGUAACACCUGAAGAACAUGUGAAACUUCUCACUAACAUACGGAAGAUUAAGAUGCGGAAAGAUAAGAAACAUGCUGCAAAGACCGAAGAGACUAGGAGUCAUUUUUCCAAAGCAACUACAUCAAGGAUGAGCAAAUGGAACCACACACAAAUAUUUUCUGAUUCUGGCGACGAUGAAAGUGAAAGUGAGGCAGAAUACACAGAUGGUACAACAGUUAUGAGUCAUCAGAGCAAGGCUUCUCGAGGAAAGAAUAGCGUUGGGUUGAAGAGGACACGGAAAGCCAAUAACUUGCCAGAAGAUUUUGUAGAUCAUCUGGAAGACGAACCGUUGGAUUUGCUUGACCGUCAAAAGACAAGAGGAGCCCUUCGAUCAUCUGCGAAUAAUCUGAAAAGGAAGGCGGAUUCAGAUGAAGAUAUGGAAAUUGACCCUAUGGGGAAAAUCAUUAUCCGCGAGGAGGGAGGAGAGCGUAGUAAUCCAAAGAGGAAGGAAGAGAUGCCUGAUGGUCUAGAUUUUGAUAAAAUGAGUUUGGCAGGCAGCAGUCGUGUCUCCAUGAACAAUUCAUCAAGAAAAGGCCAAAAGCGCGUGAAAACUUCUGAAUCUGGGUGGGCUUAUACCGGAAGUGUAUACAGUAGUAAGAAAGCAGGUGGGGACUUGACAAAAAAGGGAAAACUAGAGCCAUAUGCCUACUGGCCUCUAGAUCGUAAGAUGAUGAGUCGCAGAUCAGAGCAUCGGGCAUCUGCAAGGAAAGGUAUUUCAAGUGUAGUCAAAAUGACCAAAUUUCUUCAAGGUAAGAGCGUUGCAAAUGCUUUGGCCCUUAACAACUCAAAGUUCAAGAAGGAUAGGAAGAAGAAAGUGAAAUGAUUUUUAUCUAUAUUUUUCAAACCAAUUUUUUUGCUCAAAAUUCUUGUUUUAAGUGGGUGCCUUAUCAGCAGAUCCCUGACAUAAGUCGAUUUUUGGAAAAAAAAUUUUUGAUGUGUUUUUACCAUAUAUUUGUGUAGUAAACAGAAACAGUUACUAUAACUAUUGUGUUCAAUUUUUUUAUUCAAUCCAUUUUUCUCAACAC